UCAUAAUAGAUUAAUUUCCCUCCCCAAAUUCGAUAAUCUCUAUCACCCACACCAAAGUUCCACCGCCCCCCUUCUCGGCGGCGUUCCACCGUUUUCUUCCGAUUGCACCCCAGUCCCGGACUCGAUACAAGGAGCGCCUCAUUAGAGGAAGUGAUUCAUUAUUUGAAGUUUGAUUUGAGCAGAAAACUGAUGCUUCAGCAUAUUUUAUUUUGUGAAUUGAUAAAACUCAAAAUCGUAACUUGUGCCAGAAGAGGGGUUAUUCUAUUUGAUCAAGGACAUGGACCUCAAGCUGUUCAAGCUGGACAUAGAUGAGCUCAUACAUGAAUUCACUCAGUGUGAAUCGAGUGCUUUUGCUGAAUUCAAAAGAGUUUGGCUUUCAAGGAGGUUUUCCUACAUAUUCGAGUCUGCCCCUUCCACUAAUCAAGGUCUCUUUAUGCAGUCGCUCUAUGCACAUUCCAUCAGCUACAUGGUUUCAGCUGAUUCUUUCUUCAACAGAUUAGGUGGCCUAUUUUGCUUGUACUACCUAUUUGAGACACAACUGUUCAAGCCUCCUUAUAAAAUUUAUUUGUCUUUGGAAGAGUUGAAACAGCUCAAGAAUCUUGUAAUUGAAGCAAAGGCUGGUGGUGUGAAUGUAGUUGGUGCUCUAGUGAAGGGUAUGCUGGAGAGGAACAUGUUUCUUUUUGGAUUUGUAGGUGUGGACGAAGGCUCUCCAGCAGAAAGAGUGAAUGAAGUAACAGGUGAACAUAAUGCCCGUAUUCAAGCAGCAUAUAAGAUGUUAUUUGCUAACUCCCGGCUUGAGCACUUCAUCCACAUGGACUUGGGCACAGAGCUUGACGUUGAUCUUUUCAAAAAAAGAUCGUCCGAGUAUGCAGCCGCUAAGGAGCUUGCCAUCAAAGAGGCUAGCCAAGUGGUUGAUGUGGAAAGCAUAAAGCACAUUGCAGAAAACCAGAGGCUGAUAGGGGAUGUGGUUGAGCAGACUGCUGCUGAUUGGAAUUCCCAGAAGGAGACGUUGUAUCGGCAAACGGGAUUCAGUCCUCCUACCAGUGCAGUGCCAACCCAACAAGAAGAGGGAGGAAACAACAAGAAACGGAAAGAAACUUGCGAUAGCCUUGCAACACAGGAGGACGAUGAGGACUCGGAAGACCCUGAUGAUUUCUGCAGAGAAUUGGAAGAAAGUCUGCUUUCUUAACCAUUGGAAUAGGACGACCCAAAAUUAAGAAGCGACCCAAAAUCUCCAAUGAGGAUUAUACACCAGUUUAAUUCUUUACAUUUUUAAUAGUCUUAAUACACCAGUUUAAUUUCUUUACGUUUUUAAUAGCCUUAAUGUACAGAAUCAUUUGUCAUAAAGUUAGUAAAAUAUCCAAAUCCAAGUAAA